CUUGAGUGGCAUCUUUCAAGGAACCGCCCAAAGCAUCCAUACAUCUUUCAUUUUCCCCUAAAAAUUUCUCCACCUCCUCGGGAACGGAGCUGAUUCCGCUGCUCCCCACUCGUCGUCUUCAUCUUCACCUUUCUUCUUCGUCGGCGUCGUCGUCGCUGCCGCCGUCUGCGUCUGAGCAAUCACAACGAAGACGAACCCUGCGACUGCUGCUGCUGCUACUAGCAGCAGGAGCAGCAGCAAAGAGCUUCAAAUGAGCAGCAGCAGCAGCAGCAGCAGCACCGGCAGUUUGCCGCCGCCGCCACCGGAAGAUGCUUGGGUCAGCACUUACCGGAGAUUGCAACCUCAGUGGCAAUCCGCCCACCUAUACCAUGAGACAUCGAUUCCAAUUUCCAUAUCACGAGUUAAUCAAUUUGAUGCUGCAAGACUCGAUAUUGAGAUGUCAGCAAUGUUGAAAGAACAGUUGGUGAAAGUCUUCUCCUUGAUGAAGCCAGGAAUGUUAUUCCAAUAUGAACCGGAACUGGAUGCUUUUCUUGAAUUCCUCAUAUGGAGAUUCUCUAUUUGGGUGGAUAAGCCCACCCCUGGAAUUGCCUUGAUGAAUUUGAGAUAUCGAGAUGAACGUGCAUCCGAAGCAAGAGGAAAGCUGAGAACAGGCUUGGAAGGACCUGGCCUGACUGUUGCUCAGAAGAUUUGGUAUUGCAUUGCCAGUGUUGGUGGUCAAUAUAUCUGGGCCCGCAUACAGUCAUUUUCUGCUUUUCGUAGAUGGGGUGAUUCUGAGCAGAGGUCAUUUUUGCGGUGGGCAUGGGUUUUGGUACAACGGGUGGAGGGAUUUUAUAAAGCUGCCUCAUUUGGCAACCUACUUAUAUUUCUUUACACUGGAAGGUAUAGGACUCUUAUUGAGAGAGCUUUGAAAGCAAGGCUUGUCUAUGGUAACCCAAACAUGAAUCGAGCCGUAAGCUUUGAGUAUAUGAAUCGCCAACUAGUCUGGAAUGAAUUUUCGGAAAUGUUGCUAUUACUUCUUCCUCUUUUGAAUUCCUCUACUGUAAAAAAUCUCCUCCGCCCAUUUUCAAAGGACAAGGAUGCAGGCUCUGCAAGAGAUGACUCUGCAUGCCCCAUUUGCCAAAAUAGCCCAAGCAUUCCCUUCCUUGCUGUCCCAUGUCGACACAGGUACUGUUACUACUGUCUGAGAACUCGAUGUGCAGCAGCUCCUUCGUUCCGAUGUUCCCGAUGUGGUGAACCGGUUGUUGCGAUGCAACGUUACAGCGAAUCUGUUGGAAGUACAAGCUCUGGAAAAUGAUUUAUCUGGUUGGAGCAAGGGAGCAUUGCAGCAACUUUAACCGACGCACCGAAGAAUGCUGUCAUUUGGGAACCUUAAAGUGCAUAAGUGAAACCAUUUUUUACCCUCUUCUAGAUAUGCAAAGAGAGGGAAAAGUGGAGGGUUUUUAUUUUUCUUUUGGUGGUUUUAAUUGGUUUACUGGGGAUUAAUCUAGAUUGGAGUGGGGAAUGGGUAGAUCUUUUACACUAAUUUCUGUCCAUGAAUUCUGGAAAUCCAGGGUUGGCCAAUGAGAAAUACACAAUACGAUUGUAUUUGGCAGAAGAAUUAAAAUUCUCAAAUCAAUGAAUAUGUUAAUUCUUGAACG